UGUUGUUGUUGUGGAGCUGUUUAGCUAGAUUGUUUACAAAGUUUUUCUCCCGGUGUUUUGGUGUGAAAAUUGUGGAUUUUCACUGAUUUUCUGCACGGAAAAUCCUCUAAAAUUGACAAAGAUUCCUCAGGAGUGAACUGAAUUAAAGAAAAAGCUGUAAAUGGAAUCGAAUUCCGUGAAUGGGGGCAGCAAUGUUGCAUCCCCGUAUGGUGGUAGUAAUCCCCCCAACAUAGCCACACCACCACAGAUCCAACCAUUGGUCAGUGUGGCGCCACAGGCGGCGGCAGCAGCAGCUGCUCCAGUUUUGGCUGGGAUUCCACCCCCAGGGGCCAUGGGCUUCCCUCCAAUGGUGUCACAGUUCAGCAUUCCACCCCCGGGAUUCACAAACUUCCCCCAGGAUCCCGCUCUGGCAGCUACAGCGGGAAUUGUGGCUUGCGAAUGGACAGCCCACAAAUCUCCCGAUGGACGAACUUACUACUACAACAGCGUCACAAAACAAAGCUCAUGGGAGAAGCCCGAUGAACUAAAGACUCCAGCUGAGAAGCUAUUGUCCUCAUGCCCAUGGAAGGAGUAUCAAUCGGAUCAGGGAAAGGUUUACUAUCACAAUGUCAAUACGAAGGAAUCCCGCUGGGAAGCUCCUCCGGAGUAUUUGGAGAUUAAGAACAAAAUUGCCAUUGAGGAAGCUGCCACGGCUGCUAAGGCUGUUGCUGCGAUGACUUCCUCGGGAAUACCAAACAUUGUUCUGCCCGUCUCUACAGCCAUCAUCCCUCCAUUGAUGGCAACCCCAGUGGUGGCUCCUGCUGUUGCUUCUCCGCAGAAAUCUCCAUCUCCUGAUCCAGCAUCCAAUGAGAAUUCCUCUUCGGCACUGGAUCAAGCAAUGGCAGCAACUUUAGCUGCAAUAGAAGUCCCGGAAAUGCCCCCAAAGGAAAGCGAUGGGGAUGCCGGAAAGGCAGCUGAUGGCACUGAACCGGCAAAGAUGGAGUUUAAGGAUAAAAAGGAAGCAAUUGAGGCAUUCAAGGAGCUCCUGAAGGAGAAGAAUAUCCCGUCAAAUUCAUCCUGGGAUCAGUGCGUGAAGGUAAUCUCCCGGGAUCCACGCUACAGCUCCUUCAAGGGGUUGAAUGAGAAGAAGCAGGCAUUCAAUGCGUACAAGACGCAAAAGAUGAAGGAUGAGCGUGAGGAGAAUCGCCUCAAGGCGAAGCAGGCAAAGGAGAAUCUCGAGAAAUUCCUCAUGACUUCCGAGAAGAUGUCCUCCCUGAUGAAAUACUACAAAUGCGACGAGAUGUUUGCCCAGCUGGAGGUGUGGAAGAGCGUCCCGGAACAGGAUAGACGCGAUAUCUACGAGGAUUGUGUCUUCAAUCUGGCCAAGCGUGAGAAGGAGGAGGCGCGUGUGAUGAAGAAACGCAACAUGCGCGUCUUGGGCGAUCUCCUGCAGUCAAUGACGUCGAUAACGUACCAGAGUACCUGGUCAGAGGCUCAAGUGCUCCUCCUGGAGAAUUCCGCCUUCAAGACGGACGUCAAUCUCUUGGGAAUGGACAAGGAGGAUGCUCUGAUUGUCUUUGAGGAGCACAUCCGGGGCCUCGAGAAGGAGUACGAGGAGGAGAAGGAGCUCGAAAAGAAACGUUCCCGUCGUCUGGCGCGCAAGAAUCGUGAUGCCUUCCUCGCUCUGCUGGACACACUGCACGAGGAAGGGAAGCUGACUUCCAUGUCUCUCAUGGUGGAGCUCUAUCCAAUCAUCUCAUCGGAUCUUCGCUUCUCAGCCAUGCUUGGUCAAUCAGGGAGUACACCGUUGGAUCUCUUCAAAUUCUACGUUGAAGAUCUCAAGGCGCGCUUCCAUGAUGAGAAGAAAAUCAUCAAAGAGAUCCUCAAGGAGAAGGCCUUCCUCGUACAAGCAGAUACAUCCUUUGAGGACUUUGCCACCGUUGUCUGUGAGGAUAAGCGCUCAGCCUCGCUCGAUGCAGGAAAUGUUAAACUGACCUACAACUCCCUCCUCGAGAAGGCAGAAGCAGCAGAGAAGGAACGCCUAAAGGAGGAGAAUCGUCGCAUAAAGAAGAUGGAGAAUGAGCUAAAAUCCGUCUGGUUGGAAGCAGGACUCACCCCACAAGAUUCCUGGGAGAGUGCUAAGCAACUUGUGGCAGAUCUGGAGGUUUUCUCCAUGUACGAAUCCGAGGAGAAGGUGGAAAAAGUCUGGCAGGACUUCCUGCGGGAUUGCGAAGACAGCUGCACGCAUCAUCAUUCACGUUCCCGGAAAUCGAAGAAGAAUAAAAAGUACAAGAAGCGCUCACGCUCAUCCACACGAUCUGAAUCCGAAGCUUCCGAUGUGGAGUACGAGAAGGUCAAGAAGAAGCACCAGAAAUCCGUCUCCCAGUCGGCUUCCUCCAGCAGCGAGAGCUCUGAAAGUGUCGAGAAGAAAAAGCGAAAGAAGAAGAAGCACAAGAAACCAUCAGUUUCCCCCUAUGUCUCUCCGGAAAGGCACCGUCAGGCGUCAAUUACACCCCCACUUAGUCCUGUUGAAAUGGUCAAGAAGAAGAAAGAAAAGAAGAAGAAGCGCAGAAAGUCACCAACUGAGAGUCCUGAAAGUGGAGCAUCAGAGCGUGCAUCGAUCUCACCGUCAAAGAUUGAUGAUCCUGGACUCAGUGAGUCUGAACUGGAAUCCCAGAGAGCUGCUCUUCUCGCACAGCUCAAUGAAUCCGUGGAUGAUUGACGAAAACUUUGUAAAUUUUAAUGAAUUUAUUAAGAAAAACCAAUAAAAUACAUCUAGAAAGUAGAA